AUGACCUGAGCCGAAGGCAGACGCUUAAUGACUGAGCCACCCAGGGGCCCCUAUCCUCUUCUGGUUGCGGGCAGUGUGGCUGUCCCCCCUGCACCCACCCAUGGAGGUAGCAUUUCCAUGCAUGUGGAGUGGAAUGCUAGCAGCAUGUGCCCUGGGCCCUGGAGGUGGGGCCCUUUCAGCCCAGAAAUGAAAAGAGGUGAAGGUAGCAGCAUGCUCACUCCCGGCUGCUGACAGGUGGGGCCGUAAACACCACUCCUUCCACUGUACUGAGUCCCUACUGCUUAGAAGAGGAGCCUCAGUCCCAAGGUGCCAGCUCUCCUACGCUUGAUCAGAAGAAAGAGUUCCCUGUUCAGAUGGCGGGGGAGCGGGGUGUCCCCAGACGGUGGUGCUGGGGCCUUGGUGUCCCAGGUGAAGUGGCAAAGCUGUGGUGUGUCUGUAGAUGGGGACAGACCCCGGGCGGCAGGGACCGUGGGCCAGGUCAGAGCCCUCCCUGCAGCCGAGCACCCCCUCGCAGGGGAGGGCAGAGUCAGGGCCACCACUGCAGGCGUGUGUGUGUGUGUGUGUGUGCGUGUGUGCGUGUGUGUGUGUGUGUGUCCCCCCUGCACAGCGUGCUCACACUCCUGAUCGCCAUCUUUCCUGGAACAAGGUGCGGGAGGCUCUGGACACAACGCCCCUGGGCUGCAGGGGGCUGGCACAGGCGCCUGACGUCCUAGGCCCUGGGCCGUGGCCCCGGCCGGCUUGACCCCGCCCUGUGUGACUGGCAUGAUGCUCUCGCCCCCUCUCGCAGGCAAGGUCCCGGGUGACGAUUGCCCCCUGGUGUGGGGCCAGUGCUCCCACUGCUUCCACAUGCACUGCAUCCUCAAGUGGCUCAACGCGCAGCAGGUGCAGCAGCAUUGUCCUAUGUGCCGCCAGGAGUGGAAGUUCAAGGAGUGAGGCACCCCCACCCCCAGCCGUGGACUGGCCAGCCGUGCUCUCCCCUGGGGUGGC